UAUUGAGACGCCGGAACCGAACAGGGGACGAUUUAUUGUCUUGUUUAUUAAUCAUUAUUGCUUUUUUUGGGAGGAUAGUCGGUAAGAAUAAUGACAGAGAUGUCCAAGUAAACCUGUUUUGAGGGACACGGGAAAAGGGGUGCGUCAGAAAUCGUUAAGCUGGUGUAUAAUGGGGCUAGCUGAGUUAGCGGCUAAUAAGCAGUCAUAACGGACACGGUGAGCAACUGAGACUGGUUAUUACGCGUUAUAACGUGAAUAACUUCGGCGCGCGUGUGUGUAUAUGUGUGUGCUGGGGUGUUAACUCGGCUAGCUAGCCCAGUUCAGGUGAACGUCAAAUCAAGCCUGCCUGCGCGUGCGUGCUUGCUUGCGCGCACGCGCACUCUCGCUCGCUCCCGCGUCCGCGCGUCCACCCUGGAGAAGACGCUGGACCUGGUGGGCCUGAAGACGGGCUCAGGGCCGCUGCUCACCCCGCAGAAGAAGAUGAAAAAGCGCAAGGAGCUAAACGCGCUGAUCGGGCUCGGGGACGGCAAGCGCAAGAAGCCGAAGAAGAAGAGCUCCGGACACCGGCUGCUGCUGCGUGGAGAUGCCGGAGACACGGAGACCGAGAGCGGAUCCAGCUCCGUGGAUGAGGACGAAGAGGAGUUCCGCAGCCUGAGCCUCAGUCCGGGGGCUUUCCGCAAGGGUUCGGCUCAGUGCUGCUCAGUGUGCUACCCGCUGUGCGUGUUCAUCGUCCUGGCCGCGUGCCUCAUGGCGUGCGCCGGACUCAUAUGGAUGCAGAUUGCGCUUAAAGAAGAUUUGGAUUCGCUGAAGGAGAAACUGCGCACCAUGGAAGCGAGUCAGAAGGCGUCUUCCCACGAAGUCCCGAAGCUGAGCGAGGACCUGAAAGCCGCCCAGAGGACGCUGGAGGACGUUGAAAGCGGAGACAAGGGCUUCAACAAAUUAUGGGCCAAUCUUACAGAUAUUAACCGAAAGAUAAGCACACUGGACUCUGCUGUGAACCAUCUGAAGGCGAACAUCAAAUCGGCCUCUGAUUUAAUUACUCUCCCAACAACCGUCGAGGAGCUCCAGAAGAGCGUCGCCACGAUAGGAAGCACCCUCACCAGCGUUCAACACGACGUCAAGAUGAUCCAGAAUUAUAUCGAGGACCAGAAGAAGGAAGCAAGCAAACCGAAAAGUGAAACGGACCCUUCACUGACGGUGGCUUUAGAUGACAACAGCAGGAGCGUGAAUGAAGGAACAGCAACAGCUGGCAGCAGCUCCACAACGUCCUUGAGUCUCGUCAACUCUCGCCAUCGGCGCUUUCUCGCUAAAAACCUCUCCAGCUGGGAGAAGGAAGCCCCGCCGAAGACCCUCACAUUCCCUGGAGUCGAAUGUGCUGAAGAUUUGGAGAAGCUCCUGCGCGCUCGGCUGGAGGACCCCUCCGAAGGCGCGACGUACGAGGAUCUGAGGAAGAUCUUCGGCGCUUUCGCUCCGGAUUCCCGCCUCCUCGAGAAAUACGACGUAGAUCAGGACCACAGGUACACGCUGGAAGAGCUCCGGGCCGCAGCUUCGCUCUGAGGAAUCGUGUGGUGGCGUGAAGAACGUUAAGACUGAGCCGUUAACGAACAGCAGGAGGACCAUGCUCUGCCCUCAGGGUGUGGACUGUUCUAGAACCUGACGCCUGCUCUAAAUAUAUUUAAUGUUUUUUUUUUUUCCAUUCCUGUACACCAGUAUUGGAGAGGUUUAAACCCUGCAGAGAAGCACAUCGGCGUCCUUCAGUUUACCGCCGUCUUUUAAACCGUCUACAGCGCUGAAGAAGAGAAGAUUUUACUAAACUCCUCAAUCAGGACACGUACAUUAGACAUCCAGGAUGAUUGAUACAUAGGUUCAAAAUUCCACAUUCUAGAUUUACCUUGUUUAUAAAUGUGUUCUUGUUUUUCCCC